CAACCAAUUUUCGCAUUUGUCUCUUCCGGCCAUUACAGCAGUCAGUACGGCUCGCCACGAGUCUGCAAAUUUGUGUUAAUUCCCAAAAAAAUAGAUUUCAAAAGUUGCAAUAUUUUAAAAUUUACAUUAAAAGUAAUCCAGUGUACGCCCGCUAUAUAGCUAAUAUAAAUAUAUAAAAUGGCUGACAAGAACAACGACGUCGAGAUGAACGGCGAGGAUUUUUCAAAAGACGUCACCACGAAUGAUGAUGGUACCGGCACCAAUGGUACAAAUGGUAACGCCGAGGGUCAGUCAAAUGCUCGGGAUGAUGAUAGAAAACUUUUUGUCGGUGGUCUUAGCUGGGAGACAUCUGAGAAGGAACUGCGUGAACAUUUUGGAAAAUACGGCGAGAUUGAGAGCAUAAACGUAAAGACAGAUCCGCAAACUGGCCGUUCUCGUGGCUUUGCUUUCAUUGUAUUCACCAGUACUGAAGCUAUCGACAAGGUGCACGCUGCUGGUGAGCACGUCAUCAACAAUAAAAAGGUUGAUCCUAAAAAGGCCAAAGCGCGUCAUGGAAAAAUCUUUGUCGGCGGUCUUACCAAUGAAAUCAGCGAUGAUGAGAUCAAAACAUACUUCAGCCAAUUCGGAAAUAUUGUUGAUGUUGAAUUGCCCUUCGAUAAGCAAAAGUCGCAGCGUAAAGGUUUCUGUUUCAUCACAUUCGACUCUGAACAGGUCGUAAAUGAAUUGUUGAAGACCCCUAAGCAGAAAAUUUCUGGCAAGGAAGUAGAUGUCAAGCGUGCGACACCCAAACCCGAAAACCAAAUGAUGGCUAUGCGUGGUGGUGGUCGCGGUGGUAUGCGUGGUGGACGCGGCGGCUUUGGACGUGGUGGAUAUCCACAAUGGCCUGGUCAAGGCGGUUAUGCCCCAUAUGGCGGUUAUGCUGGUGGUUAUGAUCCUGGAUAUGGAGACUACUACAGCGGUGGCUAUUACAAUGGCUACGACUAUGGAUACGAUUACGGAUACGGAGGUGGUUAUGAUGGCGGCUACGGUGGUGGCAGCGGCGGCGGUGGCCGAGGUGCCGGUGGUCCACGCGGCGGUCCAAAAGGUGCCGGCGGCUUUCCUUCGGGCAAGCAAAGGGGGACAGGACGCCAGCCCAGACAUCAACCAUACUAAUCAUUUUCAUUGCAAUAAGUUGAUAGUAAUAGACAGACGCCGGUAUAUAAAGAGAAUACAACACAAACUGAACAGUCAGCAAUUAAAUUAAGUUUUUAUUAAUCGCUUGGAAAUUUAUGAAA